AAACGUAAAAUAGGAAUUCCCCAAAAAUUUCGACCCUCUUUUUUGGAACGCCAUUGCUAUCUUCAUUUAGAUUUGUUGGCCGAUCCUUGACUACUCGAAAGAUGACAUAGGAUUGUCGAGAAACUCAAAUUACCUGCUUACUCGCACUUCCAGGUAAUGCCGUAGGUUCAAUAAUAAACAUCAAUACGCAAUGGAAGAGACUAUUAAUGGAUCAAGUGAUAUUGAGGAGGCAGGUCAAGUAAACAUUAUUGACCCUAUGUCAGAUUGUCUUGUUGUGGGUGCUGAGGUAGGUCCCUCUGCAGUGUGUGUUCCUAAUUAUGUGAUGUCUCCAAUGAAGACCAUAGAGACUAUAGAAGUAAUAGUGUCAACCAAUAAGGUUGCUGUGUAUGCUACCAUUGAAAGUCCUAAAGUUGGUAUGGUUUUUAAAUCAUGGCAAGAGGUUGAGUCAUACUACAAACAAUAUGCUGAGCAACAAGGAUUUGUUGUCACAAGGUCUCAAGGAUGGGUGUCGAAGAAGAAUAAUGAGAGCAAGCAAAAGGGCUAA